AUGACUCAUCAGUACCUGAUAAAAUGUUUUUUUCAGGAAUCUGUACGCCACAUUGGAGCGCUUGGCAACCUCAGUGGUCUAGGGAGCUUAGCUCAAUCACUAACACAGACUCAACAGCAAGGAUCAUCGGAUGAUGACUAUGAUGCUUCCAAGGAUGAUGAUGAUGAAAGUGUAUCAAGUGCAGCUGUUGAUUAUUCUGAUAUCACAGAGGUUGCCGAUGACGACGAGGAGAUGGCGCAGGGCAUUCAACCAUACAUGGGUACUUACAUUGCCCCAAAGAGAGAUGACGAUGAUGAGAAUUAUGAUGAAGAGGAUGAAGAGGAAAAUUCAAAAGAUGCUAGCUUGAUGCCCCCACCACCUUCAGGACCAUCCCCAACUAAUGAUGCCAACGUCAUCUCUCCAACCAGUUCCAGAGAGGAUAAGACACCAUCCAGAAAUUUUGAAAACCUAACUUCCGGAAUGGAUUUGGAAUCCAGUAUAAUUUUACCAUCUGUCGUUCCUGCAACCUCAUCAAGGAGCUCUCCCAGUGAUUCUGCAGGAAUAUCAAAAUCUCCAUUAGAGCAACCUCUGGAUAAGGGUGAUGGUGAGACAGAGGCAGGUGAAAGUAAGACAAAAAGAACUGAAAACUCUGAAGAUCAAUUACUGAAGGAUUCCAGUAAAGGGUCGACAAAAAAUGUAGAUUCACAGACAACGCAGAAGAAAAGAAAAAUGCCAAGUGUUACCGAAUUGUUUCCAGAAUUCAAACCAGGAAAG